AUGGGACGGGGUUCACUGCUUGGGGGCGCCCCGGCUGGACGCAGGAGCAGUCGGACUCGUAAAGUGUCGCAGCACAUGGCGACGGUUGAUGACGGCGUCCAACAGCAGGCCACACAAGCACACUUAGAUGCCCUGGAGAACGACCAUGAGCUUCCAGACAUGGAAGACAGCGAUGGCGAGUUUGUGAUGGAGCUGGAAGAUGAUAUGGAGGGUGGCACAAAGAGGCAGAUGAAGUUUGGCGGGCGGAAGCGGACAACCCGGAGAAUGGUGGCUGAGCGCAAGGGUGCCAAAACCUUUGCAACACUUCUGGAAGAGGCUGAUCUGGACAUGUUGCCUGAGGGCACACCCACCUACUUGACCGCAGCUGCAGGGCCACCGAAAUUGUGCGCCCCCAGAAAAUUCUGCGCUGUCUGUGGCUGUGCAGCGACGUACACAUGCACACGGUGUGGAGCACGCUGCUGUGGCCGCAAUUGCCUUGCCAUCCAUAAAGACACGCGCUGUUUGAAGUUCAUGGCAUAG